AUGAUUACUGAUUUGGUUAUUCAGUUGAUACAGAGUAUGAGCGGUGCUCCUGUUAAGAGAUCGCAUGAAGAGGGCGGUCAUUCAUCUUCUUCUGCAAAAUACCCUCCACAUGAAGAUAUGGGUUCGUACCCUAAGCUGAUUUCUGGAGUUUCAAAUGAGUACCAUGCACCAUAUGAGAUGGGUCCAGAUGCUCGGGCAGCAAAGAUUUCCAGAACUGAAUCUCGAGAUGCAGAUAGAAGAUCACCUUUGCAUUCAGUGUAUCGAAUGCCGCCAUCUUCGAAUGAACCACACAUGGAUUCUCAUUCGAAUGUUGCUCCUGAAAGCAGGCUUGAAUCAAGGGAUUCCAAGGACAGCAGAGAUCACUGGAUUGAAAACCGUGACCCAAGGACUGAUGCAAGAGAAGUGUAUGGCGAGGCAAAAAGGGAAUCACAAAGUGUUAAAAAUGAAAAGGAUGUGAGAUUUGAGAGCAGAGGGGAUGACAAUAAGGAAGCACAGCAUGACAAGGAGGCUCAUAUUGAUCUGAAGAAUGACAAGAAGAUGGAAAAAGAUGGAUUUGGUGCAGCAAGUAGUCAGGUGAAUUGGAAGGAACCGAAAGAAUACCAUAGAGGAAAGAGGUAUUCGGAAUCCCCAGGUGGACAUGUGGAUCCUUGGCAUAUACCACGUGGUAAUUCCCAAGGCCUUGCUGAGAUGGUAAAGGAAGGCUCUAAUAUGGAGGAGAGGGAUCAUGCAGAAGGUCAUGAGGCGGUUGGCGAAAAUAAAGUUGAUUCAAAAGGCGAGGAUAGAUUUAAAGACAAGGAUAGGAAGAGGAAAGAUUUAAAGCACCGGGAAUGGGGAGACAGAGAUAAGGAAAGAAGUGACCGAAGGGGAAACAUGCAAGUUGGCAACAGUAGUGCUGAGGGCAAAGAGUCGGGGAAGGAAGAGAGAGAAGCAGAGAGGUGGGAGCGGGAGAGGAAGGAUCUGUCGAAAGACAGGGAAAGGUUGAACGAGAGGGAGAAGGACCACAUAAAGAGAGAAUCAGGAACUGGAGCCGAAAUAGAGGGUUUUCACAAUGAAAAGGAAUCUGUGGAUGGAUCUGUCAGAAUUUUUGAACAGGAAAAUCCAGUUUUAGAGCCAAAAAAACAGAAAGAUUUUGAUAACUGGAGAACUGUUGAUAGAGAAGCUAAAGACAGAAAGAAAGAAAUAGAAGCUGACAUAGAAGGAGAUAGACCUGAGAAGGGCAGCAGGAUGUAUGGCAAAGAAUCCGAUGAUGGAUUUGCAGAUGGUGAAAGGGCUACUGAGAGGGAAAGAGAAAUUUUUAACUAUGGAGUCCAGCAGCGCAAGAGGAUGCUUCGGCCAAGGGGCAGCCCACAAGUGGCAAAUCGUGAACCCCGUUUUAGGUCCCAUACUCAGGACACUGAAAGGUAUGUUAUUGCUCUGAUAAAGUUAUGGAAGGAGUAUGAAUCAUCUCAAUCUGAUAAAAAUGGUGAAAGCAGUCAUAAGGGCCCCACUCUUGAAAUUCGAAUACCAGCCGAGCAUGUUACUGCUACAAAUCGCCAAGUUGACUUAUUCUCCACUAGCCUUUAUCUGCAAGUUGAGGGAGGUUUAGAAUUGAAUGAGAUGGAUUGUGUGUGGGGUUUGGUAAGAGGGGGACAAUUAUGGGGGACGGAUGUAUACACGGAUGACUCUGACCUCGUUGCUGUUCUCAUGCAUACUGGCUACUGCCGUCCCACUGCUUCUCCUCCUCCACCUGCCAUCCAAGAGUUAUGUGCUACUAUCAGAGUGUUGCCUCCACAAGAUAGCUACACCUCUAUGCUGAGAAAUAAUGUUCGCUCACGUGCCUGGGGAGCUGGAAUUGGUUGUAGUUACCGUGUUGAGCGUUGCUGCAUCAUGAAGAAAGGAGGUGGAACCAUUGAUCUUGAGCCCUGUCUUACACAUACAUCAGCAGUGGAACCUACCCUUGCUCCUGUGGCUGUUGAACGGACGAUGACUACCCGCGCUGCAGCUUCGAAUGCAUUGCGGCAACAGAGAUUUGUACGUGAAGUUACAAUACAGUACAACCUAUGCAAUGAGCCAUGGAUAAAAUACAGCAUCAGUAUCGUUGCUGACAAGGGUCUGAAAAAGCCUCUCUAUACUUCUGCACGCUUGAAGAAGGGAGAGGUUCUAUAUUUAGAAACACAUUCAUGCAGGUAUGAGCUCUGUUUUACCGGAGAGAAAAUGGUGAGGUCGACACAGGCUUCUCAGGUGCAUGAAGAGACAGAGAAGUCCCAUAAUCACCACCCACAUUCCUCAAACGGUGAGAAGAAUGACACUGAUAAUGUUCUUAUUGAUGUAUUCCGGUGGUCUCGCUGUAAGAAACCACUACCACAGAAGGUCAUGCGAUCGGUAGGCAUCCCAUUGCCUCUUGAACAUGUUGAGGUAUUGGAGGAGAAUCUAGAGUGGGAAGAUGUGCAAUGGUCACAAACUGGCGUUUGGAUAGCUGGAAAAGAAUACGCACUUGCCAGGGUGCAUUUUCUAUCUCCAAGUUAG